AUGGAAAAUGAAUAUAUUAGAGGAAAACAAAAAGGGAACACAAAUUAUUCAUUAUGUUGUGGUUAUGGCAAGGUUCAACUACCAGAUUUAAAGAAACCACCACCAACUUAUGAAAGAAUGUUUCGACUAACAGAUUCUAAAAGCAAAAACUUCAUGAAAAACAUUCGACGUUACAAUUCAAUGUUUUCGUUUACGUCGAUGGGUGGUAAAAUAGAUUCUUCUAUCAAUAAAGGAAAUGUUCCAUACAUUUUCAGACAUGGUGGCCAAAAUUAUCAUAGUAUUGGAAGCCUUUUACCACCAAAUGGAUCGCAGCCAAAAUUCUCUCAGUUAUACAUUUAUGAUACCGAGAACGAAAAUUCAAAUAGACAAAGAUGCUUUGGUGGGGAAAAGCAUCAAUCUACAUCGAUUGAUAAUGAUAUUAUUGAAUAUUUGAAGGUGAUGUUAGAUUCAAAUAAUGUCUUGGUUAGCUGUUAUAGAAUAGUAAGAGAUAUUUUUCAGAAAAAUCCUCAAGUUGAUGUGAAGUUAAGAAUUAUCGGAAGAAGGGAUCGAGAUGGAAGGACAUAUAACCUACCAACUGCUUCUGAGGUUGCUGCUUUAAUUGUAGGUGACAUUUCUGAUUCAGUUCAAAAUAGAGAUAUUGUUGCUCAAACGAAAUCGAGAUUUCUACAACGUAUCAGUGAAUUGCAUCCUUCUUAUCUUCCUCUCCAAUAUCCGCUACUAUUUUCAUAUGGUGAUGAUGGUUACAGCGUUGAUAUUCUUCAUAGAGGUGUUACAUCUACAACAAACAACAAGCGGGCGAAAUGUACAAUGAGAGAAUUUUUCGCUUUUACAAUUCAAGACAAGGAUCAUUCGUUCUCACUGAUUCUUAAUUCAAAAAGGAAACAAUAUGUUCUAAGAUGUUAUUCUUAUGAGAAUUUACGUAACCAAAAAGCUCAAGGAAAUACAAAUAUCUCCAACGUCGGCCAACGUGUCAUAUUACCUUCAUCUUUUACUGGUGGUGCACGCUAUAUGCUGCAAAACUAUUUGGAUGCCAUGUCGCUUUGUAAAUGGUUUGGAUAUCCUAAUUUAUUCAUAACAUUUACGUGUAAUCCCAAAUGGCCUGAGGUUAAAAGGUUUCUUAAGGAUACUUCACUUCAACCAGAAGAUAGACUUGAUAUACUAUGUAGGUUGUUCAAGAUCAAGCUUAAUGCAUUUAUUAAAGACCUAAGGGAGAAUCACAUUUUCGGCAUUGUUCAAGCAGUUGUUUAUACAAUUGAAUUUCAAAAAAGAGGUUUGCUGCAUAGUCAUAUAUGUCUAUUUAUGCAUUCUGAAUACAAGUUACCGACUGUUGAAUUUAUCAAUCCGAUGAUUUCCGCCGAGAUAGCAGACAGAGAUGAAGAUCCAGAAUUGUAUUCACUUGUGAAUGAGUUCAUGAUUCAUGGUCCAUGUGGAGCUGAAAAUAUCAAUUACCCAUGCAUGGUGGACAAAAAGUGCUCUAAAAACUUUCCAAAGCAAUUCUGUAACCAUACGCCUGUUGAUCAGAAUGGUUUUCCCUUAUAUAGGAGAAGAAACGAUGGUCAUUUUGUUGAAAAAUCGGGUGUGCAUUUGGAUAAUAGAAAUGUUGUUCCGUACAACAAAUAUCUAUUGAAAAGAUAUCAAGCACAUAUUAAUGUUGAAUGGUAUCCUUCUGUGGUUAGACUGCCUUUUCAUCUUCCUGGUCAACAACAAAUUGUAUAUGGGGAAGACGAUGAUAUUGACGAUGUUCUCGACAAACCUUAUGUUGCUUCUUCAAUGUUCACAGCUUGGAUGGAGUGUAAUGCAGUUAAUGGUGAUGCACAGAAACUUACGUAUGUUGAAUUCCCUACAAAGUUUGUUUGGAAACGUGGUGAUAGGAUUUGGAAGCCACGGGAAGUAGGAAAGUGCAUUGGUAGAAUUCAUUCGGUUUCACCUAAUCUAGGGGAAGCUUAUUUCUUAAGAAUUUUGUUAAAUAAGGUCAAAGAUCCGAAAUCAUUUGAAGAAAUUCGCACAGUAAAUGGUGAAGAAUAUUCUUCUUUUAGAGAUGCUUGUUAUGCUCUUGGGCUCUUGGAUGAUGACAAGGAAUACAUCGAUGCAAUCAAAGAAGCAAGUCAUUUUGGAUCUGGUUUUCACCUACGAUUCUUAUUUGCUACAUUAUUGAUGUGUAACAGUAUGUCUAAACCGGAGGUUGUUUGGGAAAACACAUGGGAAUUUUUGGCAGAUGGAAUUCUUUAUAACCAACGACAGAGAUUCAAGUCUCCAGACUUAUCACUCAAUGAAGAUCAACUUAAGAACUUAACUUUGUUCGAGAUAGAACAAGUUUUACUAAGGAACAACUCCACUCUCAAAAAUUAUAAAAACAUGCCUAUCCCAGAUGUGGAUUCUGUUUCUUCUUCAAACAAUCGACUUAUCACCGAGGAGCUAGAUUAUGACAUUCCUGUUAUGAAGACUGAGUUUGAUCGUAUGUUUCUUGCAUUGACAAAUGAGCAGCGUCACAUUUUCCUUGAUAUCAUGGGUGUAGUUAAAGAAAAUAAAGGAGGUGUCUUCUUUGUUUAUGGUUAUGGUGGGACUGGAGAAGGCAAACUUGGUGGUAUCAACGGUGGAGAAACGGUUAUUGAUAUUCCAGAUGAUAUUCUCAUUAAUGAUCCACAUGAUCCUAUAGGUUCAUUAAUCGACUUUGUAUAUCCUUCAAUUUUGGAAAAGUACAACACUACAAGUUAUUUUCUAGAAAGAGCAAUACUUUCCAAAGAAUGA